GAUCUUUAAGGUCCCUUCCAACCCAAACCAUUGUAUGGUUCUAUGAUUAAAUGAAAUAACUGCUUCCUCCAGGAGACACUUGCUGGAAGGUGGCAGCUGCUCCGGUAGUGAAGUUGUGAAUCUACAACAUUCCUUUUUUUUCAUAUUUCUCUGUGUCAGAGUUCAAUACUCUCAGACCAGGUUCUUUCAGAUACUCCACAUGAGGAGGAACUGGGUAUCAGAUUCACUUAUUUGGUAUAUUUGGUGCUAAUUGGGAUUUUGGUGCUAGUGGAUUUAGUAGAGUGAUACAGCAACAUACUGAAAUCACAACACCAGCAUAAUUUAUCAAUUGAAAUGUACAGUUGAAUCACAAUACAAACAUGAUUCUCACCAGUCUCUGUAUGUUCACCAUCAUGACACUGGGCAUUUGCAGUCACGAUGGAACAUGUGGGUUGAAGCCACCUCAGGCCCAUUGCUCUUUUCAAAGUUUAAAUGUUUUAUCAGUUGUAAAGUUUUUAUACUUUUAUAUUGGGCUGAGCUAUGUAUUCACACCCCCAUGCUGGUCUGGCUAGCUUGGGAAGACAUUAUUCUUUAUUAAUAGUCUUGGGGUACCUGAUGAUUCACAGGUGCAGCUGUCUUCUCUAAAACUAAGGUUACCUUCCAGUCUCUCUGAUGUUGAGGUAAAAUGAGUUUUCUCUACAAUACAUUCUUCCCUGAGAUUGGCUUUUUGCCCUUCUCUAAGCCGUCCUCCAGUGGGGGUGUGUGCUGGUCAGUCACAACCUGUCAUUAAAUUGGCAUGGUAUUUUGUUCUACCUGUUAAAAUCUGACCACCUCCAUAGCUAACAUUAUUGCCUGCUGAUGAAGACCUACUAGAAGGGAGAGAAAACCCCGUCAUAUUCCUCUAAAGGACUGCAGGAAGUGGCUGUACUGUGAAUAUGUGUGACAUGCAGCAAUCAAGGAGAAAACACUUUGAGUUUUAUGGUUCUGAGCAAAGUAUGCUCACACACACCUGCAGCAGUGUGGCUGAUAUGUUCUUGCAUGUAUUUGUGGUCCUCCCACAGAACUGAGAGGUAAGAAGGAAGUCAGAUCUGCAACUUUCUGGUUUCCUUCUGUAGCACAACUUGGAGAAUGGGGAGAGACAAUCCCCUUUCCUUUCUGAAGGCCCUCAGCUAUAGUCACUUUGCCUGUCCUCCCUUUCCUUCAACUCCUGGCUGAGAGGCCAAACGCUAUAGCAAAACAAUCCUGGCUUUCAAUUCUGUGUUUUGUUUUACAGCCAGCAGAAGCACUGCCACCAGAAGGUGGAGUCAGAAGGUUGGUAGAAAAGUAGAGUUGGUGAAUCAAAGUCCUGCAGACUUAAACUGAAAGCAGGCAAGAUCAGAGUGAUGCUGUUUGAACAUGGACAUGUUUAGAGGAGUUGAGGAGGUCUGUUACACAGUGGCAUGAAUCCCUGCCCAGUCAUUUGCGUCUUGCUACCUGUUCAUUCAGUUUAAUGUAAGUUUCCCAGAGCGGUGGUUAUGCCCACCUUCCACAGGAAGUUUGUCAUUCUCUCCACCGUAAUGGUUUUAGUGUGACUUGUUAAUGUGCUGAUCUUGAGAUGGGUUAGUGGUACAUGUGAGGAGCCUGCCCAUGUUCAGAUUGUUGACAGCUGCUCCCAUUGCUGUAAGUAUGUAUUUUCCCACCAUGUAUAUAAGGGGGUUCACUCUUAGUUCUCCAAGUGGUGCAACAUUCAGGUACUGUGGAGUUUUGAUUAGUUGAAUGGUUGGCUAUGUCUGUGAUCUGUAAGAUCUCCUGCAGGAAAAUGUGAUGCCCAGGAAGAAACGGAAAGAAAAUACACACCAUUUAGGAGAUUAAGCUACAAGCAGGGAAUCCAGAGCUAGAUUUUUUCUCAGGACAUGUUGGGUGUUCAGCCAUUGCUGGUUACCCUUUUUAUUCUGACCCCUAACAUGGGCACAUUCUGUCAGAAAUUAUUCAGAUCUGCUGCUUUUCAACGAGAGAGAUGUCAAAUUAUGAACAGAGAAUAUCAUGUUUAAUCUGCAAUUACUUCUGUGCAAUGCACUAAAAAAUAUAGUUGAGAUAUUCGGGAUUUCCCAGAUACUAAUUUCUGUGUGUCCUUUCUGUUAGUUGUGUCUUUGCUUGUCACUGUAUCUGUUCUGUUAUUAGCAGCCACAGGAAUUCCCCAGGCCUCCAACGUGGCUGGCUUUUGUGGGUGCCAACUGUCAUGCAUUGCUAGCUAGGUGAAACGUUGCUCUGGACAUGUCUUCUGAGCUUGGCCUAGGUCUUUUACAUUAGCUUUAUAUUUGUGUAGCCACUUGGUGUUUAGGCCUGAUUUUUCCAGGCUUAUCAUUGCAAAGAGAAGGAUCCUUACCUCCUUCAGUCUAUUUACUAGGAAGAGCUUGUUUUGACAUGACUUGAGGACAUAGCUUGCAUAGGGUUUUGAGCACUGAUAAGCCAUUUCUGUGAUAACAAUGUGAAGAUUUCUGCCUAGUAGAUUGUCAAACUUUUUUCUUGUUUAUUUGGGGGAAGGGACACUGGCUUUAAAUCAGAGCCCCAAAAGGCUCGUGAGGAGGAAGCCAAGUCAGUGUUGUUACGAGUUCCUCCAUUUGUAUUAAAAUGGCAAUGAAUUGUGAGUGACUUCAAGCUAGAGAGAGGUGGUUGCAGGAGAAGCCUGGGCAGAGGGAGGCCGUUAGACCUGCACUAGUAGGUUCAGUUUUCUCAAGAAUGGAUUCGAGAAUAGUCAGUGCUUUGUAACACUAGCUGGAGGGGGGCCUAAAGUGCAUCUGAGACAAAUCCUCUCUGCCAGACGAGCAGUUUUUAAGUUAAGUUGCGGGUUUCUUGGUUGAAGUUAGAAAUCGAGAAGGAACUACAACUCCCAGGGGCCCGGGCGCCGCCCCCUGCCCGCCCCAACCCGGCGGCGGGCGGAAGGGCCCUCAGCCCUUCGCGGCCAUGGAGCUCCCCAGGCAGCUGCUGCUGGUGGUCAGCGAGGAGCUGGACGAGGCCGAGCUGGCGGCUCUGAAGUUCCUCAGCCUGGAGCACGUCCCUAUGAGGAAGCUGGAAGCCAUCCAGAAGGCACAGGACUUCUUCGAUGCGCUGCAGGAGAAAGGGAUGAUCGAGGCGGGGAGCCUGUCCUUCCUGAAGGAGCUGCUGUUCCGGAUCAGUCGGAUGGACCUCCUGGCUGCCCACCUGGGCUCCAGCCGAGAGGAGAUGGAGAGAGAGCUUCAGAUCCCUGGCAGGGCAAAGGUGUCGGCCUACAGAUACCUGCUCUUUCAGCUGUCAGAAGAUACCACUGAAGAUGAGCUGAAUUCUUUCAAGUUUCUUUUGGGGAAAGAAUUACCAAAAUGCAGGCUAAACCCUAAGACUACAAUGCUCGACGUUUUCAUUGAGAUGGAGAAGAAGGGGAUUUUGGGAGAAGACAACCUAAAUUUCCUGAAGAAUCUCUGUGCAGAAAUUAACAUCAGCCUGUUGAAGAGAAUUGAAGAGUAUGAAUUAAACCUAUUUGGUGAAGAGAUGAUCAUCACAGAGGAACAGAAGGGCAGCACAGGAGGCCCUGAAGCGCAUGCUAGAUGGCUGGCAUCAUCUGUGGCACCUGACUCUCCCGGCAGUUGGAAUCAAUCUUCCCAGCUUGAAGCUUACAAAAUGACUAGCCGACCCCGUGGAGUGUGCCUGAUCCUGAAUAAUCACAGUUUCGCCAAAGCCAGGGAAGCAGUGCCGGAACCUAAAAACAUGAAGGAUCGGAAUGGGACAGAUGUGGAUGCAGCUGCUCUGAGAAGAGUCUUUAGCAAGCUUCAUUUUACAAUAGCAGAAUAUAGAGACCUCACUGCAGAGGAGAUCCGUAAGAUUGUGAACAUCUACCAGUGUGAAGACCACAAAGACAAAGACUGUUUUGUUUGCUGUAUCCUAUCUCAUGGGAAAAAAGGCAUUAUAUAUGGUGUUGAUGGGCAGGAAGUACCUAUCCAGGAAUUGACCACUUCUUUCACUGGACAGAAUUGCCGCUCACUUGCUGGAAAACCAAAAGUCUUUUUUGUUCAAGCCUGCCAAGGUGAUGCUUGCCAGAAAGGUGUGACCAUCGAAACAGAUUCUGAAGAGCAAGACUAUUCUGUAGAAACAGAUGCAAGAUUUCAGCUUGACUGCAUCCCCUCAGAGGCAGACUUCCUCUUGGGCAUGGCUACCCUGCAAGAUUAUGUUUCCUACAGGAGCCCAAGGCAGGGGACCUGGUACAUACAGGCACUGUGCCAGCACUUGGAGUACAGCUGUCCUCGAGGAGAAGAUAUUCUCACCAUUCUGACAGCAGUGAAUCAAGAGGUGAGCAGAAAGAGUUGCAAGCCAAAUGCAGAGAAGCAGAUGCCACAGCCCAGUUUCACACUGAGGAAAAAGCUCAUCUUCACUGUCAACUAAAUGGGAGGGAUCUGCAUGGUAGAGGGAGCUGCAGCAGCCUGGACGUGGCUGGUAUCAGCUAAGAAUUUGGUAAAACAUAACAGACUUUCAGUGUCUGCUCUUACCACGUGAGCAGAUGUUUUUAUUGAAAAAACAGCCAAGGAAUUAAGAAAUUUCAUACGUAUGACAGUUUAUACUUGAGAGCAUCUGUGAGCUGGUCUCCAAGUUGUGGUUUGCUAGCUAAAGUAUGCUUAGUGUUCCCUCAGCUGUAUCACACAGCUGUUGCUUUAGUAAGGUAUCUUUCUAAUGCAAAUUUUAAAAGACAACUGUUAUGAAGCCUUGUGUGUUCUGUGCCUAACUUUCGCAAAAUAAAGGCAGGGGAGGGUGCUGCAAAUUUUAUAGGAUAUAAUCAGCUCA